UGAACCAGGCUUGAGUGGCAGAAACACUAAGCGACAGUGUCAACUCUCAGUCAGAGCAGCGCUCGAAAACAACUAAAAUGGGAAAGAGCUGCUGUGCCGUCGGCUGUAAGCGUAGAUUUUGCAAGAAUUCGGAGUUAUCGUUUUACAGACUGCCGAAAAAUAACCUCAAGAGAGAGCAAUGGAUCGCUGCACUUGGCAGAACCGACUGGACUCCGGGGAAGGAAACCUGGAUCUGCGGUUCCCAUUUUGUAUCAGGAAAAAAGAGCGAUGAUUUCCUACACCCUGACUACGUGCCAAGCUUAUUCAGUUUCACCUCCACCGCUGAAAGAACUCGGGCCGUGAACAACCUGGAGAAAUACGUGAGGUCUAGAGAAGUUUAUGUUGCCGACGAAAGUAAAGAGCAAGCUGCCACCGCUCUCCUGAACCUGCAUCAAAUUCCUGCAUCAGAACCAAAGGUAGAGGUUGUUGAAGUCCCAGGAAUCGAGGUCCAGACGGAGGAGACACACAGUGACAUUGCCUCAUUACAUCAACAGAUUAAAUCUUUAAACACUGAAUGUCAAUCACUGAGGGAAAAAGUUCACAAAUUAGAAAGUGAGUUGAAACAGCGUACUCUCGCCCCUUCACAAUUUCAUGACAGAAAAUUGAAAUGUUUCACAGGACUACCCAAUUUACAGACUUUCAUGUUGUUGUUCAGUUAUGUGUAUUCAGUUCUUCCUGCUACUACUAAACAGUCCCUCAAGCCUACUCAGGAACUCCUUCUUACACUGAUGAAGCUGCGCACCAAUCUGUCUGAGGAAUUUUUAGGCUACCUCUUUGGGAUUCAUCAGUCAACAGUAUCAAGAAUCUUUCAUCGUUGGAUACAUGACAUGUCAAGCAGGCUUCAUCCCAUAAUCCUGUGGCCAGAAAGAGAAGACUUAAGAUACAGAUUGAUUGGAAUGUUGAGGCAGAAAUUUACAAUUCUGAGCUCAACUCCGCCUGAAACCCUCAUUAGAGUGGAACAAAAUGUCAGCGUGGAGGACAGUCUUAUAGACAAGAUCGUAUUAACAUGUUGUGCUCUGUGUAAUCUUAAUGAAACAAUAGUGGCUUCAGAUUCUAACUCUGAAAGUGAAUUUUUAAACCUAGACAUGAUUUCAGAUGAUUAAACAAUGGAAAAUAAUUGUACAUUUUGUAAAUAUUUAUUUUGUAGUUGUUUCACAUUAAUGUUCGUAUUACACAUAUCUGUAAUGAUUUGAAAAAUUGUGACUGAAACAUUUUGUUGUGCUAUACAAAUAAAUUUACCUUGCCUUGCCUAUGAAUUACCUGAAAAUAUAGAAAGCAAUCAGAUGUCAUGAUGAAUUAAUCAUGCAGUAAUAGGGAGCAAAAAACGAGAAACGAUGAGGUAAUGAACA